GGUCGUUGUUUGCAUGUCCACUCGCGCACGAGGGCGCGUGCUCGGCCGGCGCCGCCGCUGCCUGGCCAAACAGCGCUGUCGAGUGGGAGAGUUGCCUCGAAGGCGCGGUGGAAGCGCAUUCCGCUCUCCUCCUCUCCCGAGCGCUGCGAGCGCGCGCGCGGGUGCUUCGUCCGCGCCUGCGCCCGCACUUGCGGUGGGGAGCUCAAACUCCGGAGGCCCAAAGUGGCGCGUCGAGUUUACUGCGAGCCCAGGCAGCGGCCGACCAGCGACGCAAAUUUCCCGCCGGAGGCGGCAUCGAUUGACGGCGUUCGGUCGAGCUUGUCCGUCCGAAGGCAGCGCUCGACCUGUUGGACGCGAUGGAACCGAGCUUGGCCUCCACGUGGACGUUGGCCAGCGUCCUCGCGCUCGCCGCCCCGCUGGUCGGGGCCUGGAGGGACUUUAAGCCGGGUGUCCACAACGAGAUCACGGUCAUCAAGAACCAGACGGGCAAGCUGUAUUGCAACGUGACGCUGCCCGCGGUGGGUAGCGAUGAGAACCCGUCGCAGAUCCGCUGGUACAAGGGAGCCGAGCUCAUCUACAUGCUCACGUCCGAGGGCCGCAACGUCCCCGUGCGUCAGAUGACGCACAGGCCGAGCGCCUCGUGGCGAGACCGACUCCAGGUGCGGGCCACCAGGCUGCCCAUCUGGUUGAGCAUCGACCCGGUGAGCAUGUACGACCAGGGAGAGUACUACUGCCUCGUCUACUACGGCGCCGACCUCAAGAGGAACGUCACUCACUACCUCAGAGUCAUUGAACCUCCGGAAAAUGUGGUGAUUGUUUUCGGGGCCAGGCCCCAUGAAAAACGCCUCACUUCGAAUCAAAGAGUGAGGCAAAAUGAAGGAGAGGACUUGCAUCUCGAAUGUCUGGUUGUAGGAGGCCGACCUCCACCCCGAAUUCGAUGGCUGGAGACGAAGCGGAAGGGAAAUGUCUCUUAUGGAAGUCAAAGCGUACUCAAGGUGCCACGUGUCCCCCGCUACUUGGACAAUGCGAGCUUCACCUGCGAGGCUUCCAACAACAACAUUACGGAACCCCUACGUACGUCGAUGGUCAUACGUCUAAACUUGAAGCCUGUCAACGUGAGCAUCCGCAACAAAAAUACACCCUUGAAAGCUGGUGUACUUGCUCGGGUGGAAUGCGAGUCCUAUGGAUCGAGGCCGCCGCCUCAGUUCUCUUGGUGGCUGGACGGCAAAGAGCUGGUGAACAACUCGAGGAACGUUGAGAACGACCUGUCCAUCCUCUACUUCGAGCCGACGGUGCAGAACAAUGGCCAAAAACUGUCCUGCAUAUCCAGGAACCCCUUGAUCAGAGACAGCGAAUGUGCGGAUGUCUGGAGCCUCGACGUUCAUUUCAAGCCACAGAUUACUCUCCUCUUCCGGGGGCUGCGAAUGCAGCUUAUGAACGUUACAAGAGGUGCAACCGUCUCCUUCGAAUGCCGAGCGAUGGGCAACCCCAUCGUGGCCAACAUCACCUGGCUGCUCAACAGGCAGCCGAUGCACAAGGCAGUGGCCUCAACCCAGGACUACUUGUUUCGAGGUUCCACUGUGGUAGACAUUUUGCACGCCCGUAAAAACCACACCGGCACCUACUCCUGCCUCGGCACCAACGCCAUUGGGAGUACUCGCAGCAACGAGAUGUUCCUGCGGGUUUUGUAUGAGCCAGAGUGCUCGCAGCCAUCUGAAAGCUACCUCAUAACCUCACUGGAUGAAGUAAUCAAAGUGCCGUGUAGAAUUUCAGCUGAUCCGGCGGAUGUCACGUUUUACUGGUCCUUCAAAAGUGCGCUGGAUGAAAAUACAACGCGAAACUUGACGUCGCACAGAAAUGCCAGCAACGGAGUGUUGCUGUAUCAUCCCAAAGUGGCCGCCGACUUCGGCACUGUAUACUGCUGGGCGCAAAACGAAAUUGGCCCGAUGACCAGGCCCUGCAUCUUUCACAUUUCGCUCAAGGAAACUGCAGACAACAUGGCGACCUACAUUCUGCUCGCAGUCAUCAUCACUUUUUUGUUCGUCCUCAUUCUGGUGCCAGUAGUAGUUGUUAUUGUCGUGCAGACAAAGGAAAGAGAUGCCCCGAAAAAGGGUCAGAAUGCGCAGCAGCCAACUGCGACUUCAAUGAAUCACACAUUGCCCAAGUCCAUGUACGGGGAUCACAGUGUAUGAAUGUGCCACAGCUUAUUCGUUACGUUUGAACUCUUCACGUUGCCUGUCAAGACUCUCUCGGCUGAUCGCUGACUGAAUUACGUCGACAUCGUGAACGUUGGUGCUGAAAUCUCUUUAAUCGUUAUAGGAUGUGGCGUUUUAAACAUUCAAUUGACACUUUACGGCUUCACGAUGCGACUUCACGAUGCAGCCAAAAAAACAACUGUUUGCCGA